AAGUUCUUCUCGCGUCCCCCGGAAGCAGACUCUUACAACUUCCUGUUGACUAGCUGCACGUGUACGUCGGUCAAGGACCUGGCCGCUAAGGAUUCGAAAACAAGGACGCAAGGCAAACUGUUCUUUCGCUAUGUUGGCGCAACUGGGCCUGAUCGGAACCAUCCGGGACGACGAGCAGAGUCCGGAAGAACCUGACAGCGAGUCCGAGUAUGAGGUAAGGGAGGCCGGCCGGGCGGUUCCGAGGAAGGCGCGCUUCAACAACUUCAACCAAGUGAGAACAACCAAAUUGGAAAAAGACUUAUUCCUUAAAGAAACAACAUUGUGUGUCCUCCCUCACACAGCCUGCUGUCAGGACUCCGCGCCCCUCCGUAAACAUCCAAUCACUGAAGAACCCAUCGUCCUGAACCGGAAGAAGAAGUUUGGCAGCCAGGCCGCCGGAGACUUUGACCACAACUUUGUGUUUGACGAACAAGACACGUGGGACCUUGGCGAUGACUGGGCCGUGGCAGACGUCAUGAAACAGCUUAAGAAGAAGAAAAGUCUCACCACUCUGGACCAGAAGAUUGACAAGGUGCGGAAGAAGAGGAAGGCAGAGGAGAAGGCGUCUGCACGUCAAGAAGGUUCUGCGGAGAAGAAAAAAAUAGCCGAAGGCGAGGGGGAUGCAAAGUCAGAGGAUAGCGAGGAUGCCGAAGACGAGUUCAACUCUGCCGACGAAGAGGUUCUCAUCCAAGCAGACACGCUGCGGGAGAAGCAACGUCGCGGGAGGAAGAGGAAGUCCGAUGAGGAGGGGGAGGCGCAGUCGUUCCACGAAGACGCCUCGCAGUUCGAUGACACGCUCACCUUUGAUGACAUGAACCUGUCCAGACCUAUCUUGAAGGCAAUUACGGCCUUGGGAUUCAAGCGCCCCACCCCCAUCCAGAAGGCGUGCGUCCCCGUAGGGCUAAUGGGCCGGGACCUCUGCGCCUGCGCCGCUACGGGCACAGGAAAGACUGCCGCUUUCAUGUUACCGGUUUUGGAGCGCUUGGUUUACAAGCCCGGUGCGACGUCCCAGGUGACCCGGGUGCUGGUUCUGGUCCCGACCCGAGAGCUGGGCAUCCAGGUUCACUCGGUGGCACGGCAGCUUGCCCAGUUCACCUCCGUCACAACAUGCCUGGCUGUCGGCGGUCUGGACUUGAAGUCUCAGGAGGCGGCGUUGAGAGCGGGUCCGGACGUCCUCAUCGCCACCCCGGGCCGACUCAUCGACCAUCUGCACAACACGCCCAGCUUUGAGCUGACGCACAUUGAGAUCCUCAUUCUGGACGAAGCCGACAGGAUGCUGGACGAGUACUUUGAGGAGCAGAUGAAGGAGAUCAUCAGGCUGUGCUCAUACAACAGACAAACCAUGUUGUUCUCCGCCACCAUGACCGAGGAGGUAAAGGACCUUGCGGCUGUCUCGCUCAAGCAGCCCGUCAGAAUCUUCGUGAACAGCAACACAGACGUGGCUCCAUACUUGCGGCAGGAGUUUGUGCGGAUCCGAGCCGACCGCGAAGGCGACCGCGAGGCUGUGGUGGCGGCUCUGCUCACCAGAACCUUCCAGGACCGUGUGAUGGUCUUCACGCAGACCAGGAAGCAAGCGCACAGGCUGCACAUCCUGCUGGGUCUCAUGGGCCUUAAGGCCGGCGAGCUGCAUGGUGAGCUCAGCCAGAACCAGAGACUGGAGAACCUCAGGCGCUUUAAAGACGACCAGAUCGACGUCCUGGUGGCAACGGACGUGGCGGCCAGAGGUCUGGACAUUGACGGCGUCAAAACGGUCAUCAACUUCACCAUGCCGUCCACCGUCAAGCAUUACGUCCACCGCGUGGGCCGCACGGCCAGGGCGGGACGCUCGGGACGAUCCGUGUCGCUGGUUGGUGAGUCUGAAAGGAAAACGCUGAAAGAAGUGGUCAAGUCGGCCAGAAGCACUGUCAAGGCCCGCGUGCUUCCUUCAGACGUCAUCCUCAAAUUCCGAGACCUCAUUUCCAAACUGGAGAAGGACGUAGAGGCCGUGGUGAGGCUGGAGAAGGAAGACCGAGAGAUGGCCGCCUCAGAGGCCAAGUUGAGUGUGGCCCAGAAACGUCUGGACGGCUCUGCCUCCGAUGACACUCGUCGAGUUUGGUUCCAGACACAGCAGGAAAGGAAACAGAGCCGCAUAAAUAAGGCGCUGCAGGAUUUCGACUUGGCCCUGCGAGGGAAGAAAAAGCGCAACAAGUUUGUCAAGGACAGCAAGAAGAAAAACAUGACGGCGGAGGAGCGCGCUCAAUUUGAGAUCCUGAAGGCUCAAAUGUUUGCCGAGCGAGCCGCCAAGCGUGAACGCCGGCCCAAGAGAGCCCGAGCCAUGGCCGAGGAUGAGGACCGUGACAUGGCGCCCCUUCAAGCCAAUCUGAAGGCGGCAAAAGGAGGCAAGUCUGCCUUUGACCAAGAGUUGAUCAACGUCAGCAACAAAGCCCUCAAACACUACCGAGCUGGGCCAUCCUUCACAGACAGGAAAUGUCUCGGUUUGGACCGGAAGCGCUCGGGAGGCUCCAGGUUCAAGAGGAAGUGAGUGGGCUUCCAAACGGCAGUAGCUUGUUUCUGGUGGCUAUAGUGUUUAUGCUUUUCUUGUUGUUUUCAAAUAAAAGUCAGAAGAAUA